AUGGAUGACAGUGGAAUUAACAAAGAGCUGAAGCAGAAGUUAAACUUCUCAUGUUGUGAAGAAGAGACAGAAAAGGAAGGACAGGAGGAAGCACAAGAGAGCCCAGAGGCCCAGAGCCAGACCCCAGAGAAGGCGGACUCCCAGGCCGCAGAGGCUAAGCUCAGCCCUCCCAGGACUCCGGUUCGGAAUGUCCGAGGAUUCAGCACAGGUCAGGAGAAGGACAAAGUGAGUCCAGGCCCUUUGUGGAGGUCCCCAGUGACGGGCCCUCUCAGAUGUCCUGAAACACCAGUCCCAGCAGACAAAAGGAGACGGUCACAGCAGGGUGACAGCCCCUUCACACCCAAGAGGCAGCUGAGCCCACUGAUGGCCUCCCCAGUGGGGAAACUCUCCUCCCGGGGCUCCAAGCACCUGCGGCUCACACCUGUCCCCUUCAUGGAUGAGAUGACCUCACUGGCCCUGGUCAAUGUCAAUCCCUUCACCCCAGAGUCCUACAGAAAGUCAUUCCUUCAAUCCAGUGGGAAGAGGAAAAUCAGAGGAGAGCUCGAGGAAGUGAGGCCAGAGGAAGGCAUCGUGGAGCAGGAGCUGCCUGCCAAGAGAUCUGUCCUACGAGAAACCAACAUGACUUCCCGCUACGAAAAGGAAUUCCUGGAGGUUGAAAAGAUUGGGGUUGGGGAGUUUGGUACCGUCUACAAGUGCGUUAAGAGGUUGGAUGGAUGUGUUUACGCCAUAAAACGCUCCACGAAACCUUUCACAGGGUUUUCAGAUGAGGAUUUGGCUUUGCGGGAAGUGUAUGCUCAUGCAGUGCUUGGACAUCACCCCCACGUGGUGCGUUACUACUCGGCCUGGGCGGAAGACGACCACAUGAUCAUUCAGAACGAGUACUGCAAUGGUGGGAGCUUGCAGACUGCCAUAUCUGAAAACAAGAAGUCCAACGAUCACUUCCAAGAGCCCAAACUCAAGGACAUCCUUCUGCAAGUCUCACUGGGGCUCAAGUACAUCCACAGCUCCAGCCUGGUGCACAUGGACAUCAAGCCCAGUAACAUUUUCAUUUGUCAUAAGGUGCAAAGUGACUCUCCUGUAGCUCCUGAAGAGGUUGAGAAUGAGGCAGACUGGUUUCUCUCUGCCGAUGUCAUCUACAAAAUCGGUGACCUGGGCCAUGUGACAUCAAUAAGUAACACCAAAGUGGAAGAGGGUGAUAUUCGCUUCCUGGCUAAGGAGAUCUUGCAAGAGGAUUAUCACCACCUUCCCAAAGCAGACAUAUUUGCCUUGGGAUUAACAAUUGUGAUGGCUGCGGGAGCCGAGUCAUUACCCACCAAUGGCGUUGCCUGGCAUCGUAUCCGCCAGGGGAACCUUCCGGACAUUCAGCAGACGCUCUCUGAAAACUUCUACGGUCUGCUCAAGAACAUGAUCCACCCUGAUCCAAAGAAGAGACCGUCUGCAGCGACCCUGUGCCGAGUUCUCUGUCCCUCCCGGGGGAGGGCAGAAGCACUCCAGCAGCAGCUGGCCAUGGAAAAGGUCAAGACAGCCGCACUCACAAGGGAGCUGAGAGAAGUGCAGCAGACCCUGUCCCCCAAGGAAGAGAGUCACCCUGGUGGCCCUGGGGACCCGGGUGCCCCCUCAGGAACAGGAAGCACCAAACGCCUGGUGGGAGGAAGGAGCACAAGGUCUUCGAGCUUCACCGCCCGUCGCAUCCGGAAGGAAGCUCCCGGAACUCUCGAAUCGGGGGCCGUGUUUCCCGCUGGUCCUGCCGGCUGCAUUUCUACGCCGCACGCCUGCUCCCUCUGCUUCCGCUUCCUGCUCUCGCGCACGGGCCUGCGCCCCGGUGCUCCAGGAGUCCCUUCGCUGCUCGUGCUGUCGGGGCCGGGAGCUCAGGUGAGCAAGGCGGCAGGGCGCGAGUCCCGAGCGGGCCGGCACCUGGCCCUCUUCGCUCUGGUGCAGGACCGCGCGCUCCUCCCGUCGCCUGGGCAGAGGGCCCCCGGAGUCUUCUCUCUCCGGGAUGGAGAGCACGUGGGCCCUUCGCCCGCGGUCUGCCUCCUGUCACCCCCCAGCUCCCUGCACGGAGGAGAGCAGCUGAAGCUUUAG